AUGAGGUUUAAUCUUUGCGUAGACUUCCUUCUCUUGUUUCUUUUUGCUCAAUGUUUUGCUUCUUCUUCUUUCAUUUCAGAUAAUGUCUUUCUGUCUCAGAGAAAUACUGGUCGUGCCCUUCUUCAAGCCCAAACAACAUGUCCUGUAAAUUUUGAGGAAAAGAACUACACCAUCCUUACAAGCCAGUGCAAAGGACCAGAUUAUCCUGCUGAGACAUGUUGUACAGCUCUUAAGGAGUUUUGUUGCCCUUUCGUGGAUAAAAUUAAUGACAUGAAAACUGAUUGUGCUGCAACCAUGUUCAGCUACAUAAACCUCCGUGGAAAAUUCCCACCUGGCCUUUUCUCCAGCAAAUGUCGUGAAGGGAAAUACGGUCUCACCUGCCAAUCCGUACCACCUCCGGCACCAUCACAAAGUCAUGCAGCAGCUACUCAGUACACAUUUUGGAUGCUCGCAACUGCCUUUCUGGCAUUGUUUUUCUUUAUGCAUUGA